AUGGCGCGGGCAAUACAAAAAGAAAGUGAAAAUGGGCGAAGAACAGUGGCACAGCUCGAAUCGCUGGAUAUUGCAGGAAUCGGAUCCAUCCUCAAGGAGGAAGCAGAUAAGGGCCGGAAGUGCAUCUUUUGGGCAUGGUCAUAUGUACGGUAUCUGAAAUACAUUGCAUUACCGGACGUGCGGGUAUAUUCGGGUACUGAUAGGGACUAUAGCUGGGAUAGCUUCAUGGAGGCGUUUUUGUUGAAGUAUCCCAGACAUAGCUGGUCAUGUAAGGAACUUAAGAUGUUACUCAAGUCCAAAUUAAGUGGUAAAGCUAAAGCUCAAUAUGAAGCAUUGCCCCGUGAGGUAAGACAUGGUUCAUUUGAAGGGAUUAUGGCAGCCUUGUCUAGGGCCAAUAAAGAAGACGAUCAAACGAAGAAGGUAUUGGCGCUCGGUAAACUGAGGCGUCUUAAGAAAUUAGAAACUCAAACAAUAGCGGAGUACUGCGUAGAGCUGGAGAGAUUGUCGGCCAAAGCAUACCCUGAACUGGAUGAGGUAACCUUGUCGACGGUUAGAGCGCACCAGUUGUAUGAACAGGUAGUCCAUUGGCCGGAGUCCUACUACUUCAUGGAAGCCAUGGAGAAGGACGGGGGUACUGCGUAUGCAAGCUUGAAGCAAGCGGCAAUGCGCGUAGAAAGAAGAAGGCUGACGCUAGAAAAUGUGAAGGAGCAGCAUGGCAGAAGGCCUGCAGUAAGGCAAGAUGAGGUCAGGAGCCAGCGAUUCGGCAGAGCGGAAACCUUGGGAACCAUGCAUGAAGCUAGGAAGGAGAAUGCAGCAAAGGAAUGA